UUCUUGCCUAUGUUUAUGCCAAAUUUUGUUGAAAUAUGUUGAAUACAGAGAAAGAUAUAAACAUUUUAGUCCUUACUGUGAUCAAAUUAUAUCAAAUUGUUGCAAUAUUACCUAAAAUUAUGGCUGUUUUGUCCGAAGAAUUCGUCUAUUUUGAGUUGUCACACAAUUUUCCUAUGUUUUGAUGAGCCAACAAUCAAUGGUCAGUGGUUAAUACUUGAAAUCUACUUGCAUAAAAGGACGAAUAAGCAUUGUAAACCCUAUUAGUAGCUUGGGAAAAUUCCGCGGGAAAUCAAAUUAGCCAAUUAUAUUGCGAUAGCUGGCAACCACACCUAUGGCGUUUAGCGAUGACAUGUCAAUUAUCUCAUAUUACAUACUGCUGUUUUGCUAUUCCGAAUUAAUAUUCACGCAAAUAUGGCUGCGACUACGAGUAGCGUCGACGCUGAAUCAAAUAUUGGUAAAAACCUAAAUCUCUCUCGUGGAGUUGGGUUUGGGUCGCGGCUCAAUUUUGAUAUUGAAAAACUCGUUUCGCUUGGAUGGAAGUUGAACGAGAGAGAGAAUUCGAGUGGUGGACGUAAACGGAAAAUGGUAACAUUCAUAGAUCCAUCCGGGAAGAGAUUCAAGACAGGGAAAGACGUCGAAAGACAUAUGAAAGAAAUAAACCUUUGGGAUAAUGUGAAAUGGGAAAACAACGAUGACAAAGAUGACUUACGGAACGAAUCUUCCGAAGAGGAGAAUGCAAACGAAUUUGGAGCAAACCUCGACGAUACAGAUGUUGAGCAUGACUUCAGCAGUGACUCCAGCAUCCAUGAUGAUGACGACUAUACACUGGCAGAAGAAAGCUUUAACGCAGGAGAUCCGAUCAGCAACGAAGAGUAAGUAAAAAACUUUGAUCCUUUAGUAUCUUGUAUGAACUAUCUUUUCGGCAAAGAGUUGUUGUUUUAUAUAAUAAUAGGCAGCUAACAUAAUAAUCUGACUUUAUAUUUAUCAAAUGAGGUCAAACGGUGAAUACAAUCAUACAAUGAAACAAUCAAAGACAAAGUACACUUGAUUCUUGAAGAAUUAUUAGUGGCAAAGCAGUAUAUACAUGACUAUAUACUUAGGAAUUUUGAUUGCAAUAAUUUGCGCAUUUUUGCGUCUCGCUUUUUUUCAUGCACGCACAGGAAUCUGAUGCCUCGCAAGUUACCAAAUACGUUUCCGCUUAUAAUGAUAUAAUAUAUGAUUUGAUAUCAGGGAAACUAUUUUUUUCAAACUAUUACAUAAUUAUGGAGACAAAUCCUUCCAUGUAAAAUGCAGUAUCGCAAUGUCGCGGUCCAAUAUAAAAUAUUCGAAGUGUAUAUUCAUCCGACACCGGAACUCAAUGUCUGAUGGCUAUUCAUCCGACAUCCUAUAAAUUCAUAUCCAUUUGUCAAGAAUACAUGAGGACAUAACUUGUCUACCUAGUUUUAUAUCCCUUACCCGUUUUAUACUUAUAACCUAGUAUACCUUGCAGGAUAACCAUUUGUGAUGGGUUUUUCGUUGGUACGGCCUCAAGUAUUAUAUCAUUGGUUGCUGAUUUCAAUAAAUACUUUUGUUGCCCAACAAAUGAUAAAUUGUGCAAAGGUAAGCCUGUAAUUUCCAUGAAUGCAGUGGCGACUAGCCAGGAUUUCCUCUCAGGGAGGGCCAAUAAAACCUGGGAGCCCACUACUGAAAACCUGUUUUAGAAUUAGAUUGGAAAUUUUCUCAGGGGGGCGGCAAUCCAGCCAGGGCCCCGGCCCCCCUAUGGCUAUGCCUGUGCAUGAGUGUAACUCCCACUAUUGUAGAUCGACAUACCCGUAUGAAAAACUAAAUCCCAUGAUUACAGAAAGAUUACUUUAUACUGACAAGAAAGCUACCAACUCUUUUGUGAAUAAUUUGUGUCUUCUUAGGAAAACUCGUACUUGUCGCAACCAACAAGAAAUGUCGUGGGGGCUCAAUGAAAUUUGUAUUUCGAUGCAAUGGCUGUUGGAAGGAGGAGAUCUGCUACAGGAGCAGCCAGUUGGCUUUGAAGUCCAGACGCCAGUUGGUGUCCUUAGCCUUAUCCUUAGCAUUUUUUGUUAGUGGUCAUGGCUAUGCUAGUUAUCGUAAAACACUAGGCAGGGGUCUUGGGUUGGAUGUCCUUUCAGAAAAGCCUUUUUUAGAAGUUAUUAAAUAUGCCUUCCCUUUUAUAAAAGCCAUAUUAGAUGAGAUAUGUGAUGCUGCAAAGCAGCAAAUGAAAGAUAUCUCGUCAGAUGUUUUGGGUUCCUGGUCUCGUGCUGUCACCACAUGUGAUGGUUGUUGGCAGAUCAGGGGCUAUUUCAGUCAAAAUUGCACUUUCAUUAUAAAAAACUAUCUGACUGGUGGCCUUCUUUACUAUGGCCAUCUGUCCAUGAGAGGUGCAGAUAAAAUUUGUGACGAGGAGUUGUGGCAGGGCACAGCGAAGGCUGCUGAGGGUCACUUGGCUCAGGUCCUGUGGUCCAAAGCAAAGGAUGAAGAUUUGAAGGUGGAAGUAAACUGGCAGGAUGCCGACUCCUCAUCUGCAUUAGGUUUCAGGUAUUCUUUCCCUAAUGAAUUAGAGUCAAGAGUUAUGUUGUGUGGGGGGCAUGUGGGAAGGGCCCAUGGUAAGAAACUCCAGGAGCUUCAAAGCAAAUCGACUGUUACUACCCAGUUCAUUGCCCUUCACAAAGAGCAGUUCCCUAAUAUACAAUCAGUGAAGUGCUGUUGUGCUGGCAAAAAGCAUAGAUUUGUCUCCAAAAAAGACAAACCUGCAUGUGGUUGUAUCGGUCCUGGUUUUAUCCAGAGUGCCAAGAGAAACCAUUACUGUGCUCUUGUUCAGGCUGAUAAUGACCCUGAGAAAUACAGGGCAACCAUGCUCACGCUUGGAAAGUACCACAGCAGGGACAUACAUUCAUGGGAGGGGGGUUUGUGUUCGUUUCAUCCGUUAGUAAAAUGUAGUUGUAAAAAAUGUGAUGUAGAUUUAAAUGGGUUUUGCCCAGAAAUGAAAUGCUCUGGGGAAGCAUACCACUCUGCUCAUGUCCUGAAGUGUGACUUUCAUGGACUCCUAUAUGAGAUUGAGUGUGCUAACAGAGCCAAAGAUGCAGAGAAGGUUAUAGACCCAAACUUAGGUAAGGGUCAUUCUAACCUUCCUGAAUCGUCGUUUAGUGUCUUGACUAAGUUUAGGGCUAAGGACAUCAAUUUACAUCAGACACACUACCAGGCAUCUACCAACCUUGGCUUGCUACAAUCAUGUAUGACCUGGUGCUACAAAGUAAAAGGACCAGAGUACCACUGGAUAUUAGAGCUAUACUCCAGGAUGGGAUUACCCAUUAUUGAUGGAAUUCAAGAAAUGGUAUGCAUUGUAAAUAUGUAUAGUACUUGUGGACCGAUCGUUUAUUACGUCUCGGGGGGAGGUGGGUGUUAAAAACAUAUAUCAACAAAAUAUGCCCCUAUAUUUUUGGUAAAUGAAAAAAUGACCCCCUGUAACUUGUUCAACUAUAUAGAUUAAAAAUAUACCACCACCACCCUUUUCCCCUCCAAAUUGUCAGGCCUGGUGAUGAGGUGCUAGUAUCUGACCACAGGUGGCCCAACUAUACAUCAUUCACUUUCAUUAUGUAUAUUUAUAUAUAUAUAUAUAUAUAUAUAUAUAUAUAUAUAUAUAUAUAUAUAUAUAUAUAUAUAUAUAUAUAUAUAUAUAUAUACUAUAUACUAUAUAUAUACUAUAUAUAUACAUACUAUAUAUAUACUAUAUAUAUACUAUAUAUAUACUAUAUGUUAUGUAUAUAUUAUGUAUAUAUCGGUCCCUUAUGCUUAUUUUGAUUUUCAUAUAAUAAUCCAGAAAGUUUCAAUAAUUUUUCUAAAUUUGUACCAAUAUUUAUCUAGUACAAGACUUUGACAUAUUUUUAUGUCAACUUUAAACUUUUGCAGUGCCAACAUGAUAAUAAAAAGCGCAUGAAGAUGCUGGAACGCAAGAGAAGUGCUGAAGGUAAAACGAAGAGGAUAAAAACAAAGAUUGAUCGUACAGAAGAUCAGAAGCUAAGGUGUGUUUCUUAUUCCUGAUUAGCAUACUUGUAGCAGCACAAAGAAUGUAUGACCUAUUUUGGUCAUAUGGUACAUUUUGUAAAUACACAUCCACUUGACUUUAUCAUAGGAAGAAAUAUACUGCAAAAUGCCAGAUACAGCAUUCCUAUGGUGGUGGUGAUGACGAUGGCGACGAUGACAUCGACGAAGAGUUGGCCAAGGCUAUGACAGAGAAUGCUAUUAAAGAAGGAAAUGCACCCCAAGUCGUCCUACCUAAAGGUGUAGUGGGAACACCUUCGGGUGCAAAAAUAUUUAUUGGUGGACAGAAAUGUAAAUGGUGUGGCAGCACAACACAUGUGAGAAAAAGCCAUAAGGACUGCCCGCACAAUUGCAAAAAGCAAAAAGCAUGAACCAAAAAGCUUGCAUGUAGUUGUAGACCAAGUUGGUUUGGUAAAAGAGUUACAAGAGGGUGUUGGUGCAUUUCCUCAACGUGUUAGCAAUUUAUGCUGAGGUGUUUGGUAGUUGUCGAGGGUGAUGUUCAUAUAUACAAUGUAAAAGACUUAUAAACCAGGAACAUUGCGAAAAAUACACAACUUAGUGGCAGGAAUUGAACCUAUGCCUCUGUGAUUCCAGUGCAGUGCUCUCACCUCUAAGCUACAGAGUAGUUGCCGUAAAUGCUGCACACUUUUGUAAAUAAUGAAAUGUGCUACUAUAAUAAUCUUACAAUGGCAACACUGUGUAAAUAAACCUUGAACUGUAUAUAUUUUGGUCCCAAUAUUGCACUAACUCACACAACAGGCAAUGGUCAUUCAAAAAUCUUUAUUACUAUAUAUGAAUAUAUUUUUAUAAUUACAAAAAAAUUGUUAAUUAGUGGUGCAAAAAAUUACAAUUCAAUUAUUACAAUCAAUUUUAUUAUAAGAAAUUAUCACAAUCAAUUAUUCACCGUCUGCGCAUCUUUAUUGCGCAUAUUUUUUUAACUUCCGAAUAUGACGUAUAUGUGUCAUGGUGGCGUUGGCAGGUAUGGUAAGUAAUGCAUGUAUUAGGCUGUAAUUUUUCAAGUUUGCGAUGCACAAAGGAGAUGCGCAAAUAGAAAGAUGCAAUACAUCAAUCAUUUACAUACUAACCAACGCCGCCAUGACACAUGUAGCAUUUUCCGACAAUUUCCGACAUAUUUGGAAGUUAAAAAAUAUGCGCAGAAAAAAUGCGCAGACGCUGACACUGCUCCUUUAAAUCAAAAUAUUCUGCCACAUCAAUGUGCAACCAAAAAAAUGAGCCAUCCUUAGACUAAGAAAAUAAAACAGAACAAUUUAUCAGUUCAUUCGGACAGCAUUGAUUAUUAUACUUCAAAUUUUCAUACUCACAUGAUUAAUACUCAGGGCUUGGUGGCCUCUGGAGGGUCAUGUACUCUCUUAUCAGUUCCUCCAGAGAUACCUCAUACAAUAUUUUUCUCUGCAGAAGAAUAAUUACAUAACUGUUAGACAUUGAACACCUUUGACACAGCUGAGUAUCAAUCAAAAAAAUAAAUAUUUUCAAUCUGUUGAUUCAAAUAAACCUAGUACUAUAAAAGCAAUGAAAUAGUGCAC